GCUGCUGCUGUUUUCCAAGAAUGACUGUAAACUGUUUCCUUCAACUGUUUCCUUACAGGUUGUGUCAAAAGCUGCAGGACAAGGAGUUGCCAUCACUGGGAACAACACUUUCAACAACUGGAAUUGGCCUAACGCUGUGAUCUUUGCUGCUACUGUAAUCACUACAAUCGGUUACGGAAAUGUUUCUCCAAAGACACCCUCUGGGCGUCUCUUCUGCAUAUUUUAUGGGCUCUUUGGAGUUCCUCUCUGUUUGACGUGGAUCAGUGCUCUGGGGAAGUUCUUUGGAGGACGUGCCAAGAGGCUGGGCCAGUUUCUGACGAAAAGAGGAGUAAGCCUGAGGAAAGCACAAAUCACAUGCACAGCUAUUUUCAUUGUUUGGGGUGUCUUGGUGCAUCUGGUUAUUCCUCCCUUUGUCUUUAUGGUGACUGAAGGCUGGAAUUACAUUGAAGGUCUCUAUUUCUCAUUCAUCACUAUCACCACCAUAGGAUUUGGAGAUUUUGUUGCUGGUGUAAAUCCAGAUGCAAACUACCAUGCCCUUUACAGAUACUUUGUGGAGUUAUGGAUAUAUCUGGGCCUGGCUUGGCUUUCACUUUUUGUCAACUGGAAGGUCAGUAUGUUUGUGGAAGUCCACAAAGCAAUCAAGAAACGUCGAAAAAAAAGAAAAGAAUCAUUUGACAACCAUCCUCGCUCUAAAAAACCCCUUCAAAUGGGUACCUCAAAGGAUGUGAACAUUUUCAGCUUCCUUUCAAAGAAGGAAGAGACCUAUAAUGAUCUUAUUAAGCAGAUUGGGAAGAAGGCCCUGAAGACAAAUAAUGACAAAAUGAUUAAAGUUGAAAAUGUCAAGCAAAAUAUACAGAAUGCCAGUAAAGAUGCUCUGGUGAUUUACACAAAGACCAAGUCAUUUGAGUAUGAUGAGACUUCCCUAGAUAUUCAGAAUGGCCAUGUUCUGAGACACCUGCAUGAUAAACAUGUUGGAGAUAGCCCUCUAGAAGGAACAAUGUUUGUAAACCAACUAGACAGGAUCAGUGAAGAAGAAGGGGAAGUGUGGGACUCGAGAGACUAUCGACCCUUGAUCUUUGAGAAUGCAAACAUAACAUUUGUAAAUGAAGAUGAUGAUGAAGAAGAGGAUCUCACAGAUGAUGAGGAAACUUCAAAAUCAUCCAUGGAUGAUAAUCUUGUAGAGGAACCUGAGACUGCGAAAAAACUAGUAAAAUUCCCAUCCUCUGAUGAAUCUACCUUUACUAACAAUGAGCUGGAACUUUCUGUGCCUUAUGAACAACUGAUGAAUGAAUAUAAUACAGUAAGCAAUGUGAAGGCUGCAACGUGAAGCAUGGUUGACAAUGGUUUUCUGAAAGUGGUCAGUGCAUACUGAACAAAUUAAUGGAGCAAGGAGAAGAGCACGUCUUGCAUUUUCUUCUCUCUCUCUGAAAACAAAAGCAAGACCCAAACUAAUAUACUCCGGUGUGUUUUUGCCAUCCUAAGUUGGCUUCUGAGCCCAUAAGCUUUGCUUU